AUGAAUACUUCAACUUUUGUGAAACAGCUAUCAUCAAAUAACAGAGUUGUUAGAGAAAAAUCAUUAGAAGCAUUAGAAAAAGUUUUGGUAACUGAAAAAUGUUUAAAAACUUUCAAACAAUCUCAAUUUAAUAAAUUAUGGAAGGGUCUUUAUUUUGCCAUGUGGUUUAGUGAUCGUCCAAGACCUCAACAAAGAUUAGCUAAUAAGCUUGGUGAAUUAUAUCAAUUAUAUUUCAAUAAAAAGGAUAAUGAAAAUUACAAAGAUGAUUUAAGUAUAAACGAUGAAGCAUUUGUCAAAUUUUCUAAGGCAUUUUGGAAAGUCUUAUGUUUAGAAUGGUACAAUAUUGAUCGUUUCAGAAUGGAUAAGUAUCUUUUAUUGGUCAGAAGAGUCUUUUUUAGCCAAAUUAAAUAUCUAAAGUUGAGAGAAUGGAAUGAAAAACUAGUAAAUGAGUUUAUUGAAACUGUUUUGAAAGAUUUACCAUUAAGUGGAUCACCAAAAGUUUACAGUGGUAUCCCGUUCCAUAUAAUCGAUAUCGUUUUAGAUGAAUGGGAAAGGUUAUUUACUGAGAAAAAUGAUGAAAUUGAGGAUAAUGAAGAUGAAGAAGAAGAGAAACAGGAGACAGAGUUAAUAGAAUUGGUAAAAAACUCACCUUUAAAAGAUUUUAUAAGUAUAUUCCAGGACCUAGCGUCUAACAUGACGAAUAGCAAGAUUCUAAGAGACAAGAUUAAAGAAGAUUUGUUAGCAGAUGAACGCUUAGUGAAAUGGGCUGUUAUUGAACGAGAGGAAGUUGAAAAGAUUUCUGCUUCAAAGGGAGCUACUAGUAGUAAACUUGAAGAUGAAGAAUGGCACGGGUUUUAA